CAUUAUUUUUUUUUAAUAUUUAAUGGAUUAAACAAUUGACGAUUGAAUGAAUAAAUAAAUAUAAUUGUGUUAUUAAAUGUUUUCAGUCUUACAGUCAUAUAAAAUUAGUAUUGCAUUGUCUUUCGUUGUAAGGUAAGUAUUAUCUGCCGAGAAAUCAACAAGGUUUGGGAUACCGAUUUAAAGGCUGUACUACAAAAACUAUGCAAGUUUUCACUCAAAAGCGUAAUCCCAUAACGGGAAGUACUGAAUGGGAAUUACAACAUGAAAAUUAUGAUUACCAUCAAGAGAUUGCGCGUUCAGGGUUUGCUGACAUGCUUCAUGAUAAAGAGAGAAAUCAAAAGUAUUAUAGAGCAUUACGGUUAGCUAUUAAAAAGAUGCAUAGUGAAGGAAAGAAAGCUAAUGUUUUGGAUAUAGGCACAGGAACAGGUCUUCUUUCUAUAAUGGCAGCGAAAUGUGGUGCUGACUCUAUUGUUGCAUGUGAAGCAUUUAAACCUAUGGCUGAGUGCUGUCUUAAAAUAUUGCAACGUAACAAUGUUGCUGACAAAAUAACUCUCAUACCGAAGCGUUCAACUGAUAUUAUUGUUGGUGAGAACGGAGAUAUGAAAGAGAAGGCAAAUAUCUUAGUUACUGAAGUCUUUGAUACUGAAUUGAUUGGUGAAGGUGCACUUUCAACAUUUACACAUGCACAUGAACAUCUUUUGGAGAACGAUUGUAUUGUGGUGCCGGACUCUGCGGUGAUUUACGCACAAGUUGUUGAAUGUCCCACAAUGCAGAAAUGGAAUAAAUUAAAUGAUUUAGCCGAUGAAGAUUUAGAUAUUAUCUUGAGGACACCACAAAAGAUGAAAGACUGCGCCGGUUCAGCUGCAGUUCAUGACAUACAACUAUCUCAACUACCACGUAAAGCAUUCCGUGAACUCUCUGAACAAAUACCUGUAUUCUACUAUGACUGGUCUGGUAAAACUCCUAUUGAUCUUAAGAAGACUGUCAGACAAGAGUUUACAGUAACUAAUACGGGGAAAGCACAGAUGGUGUUCAUGUGGUGGGAACUGAAUAUGGAUACUGAAGAUAGCAAAAUCUGUAAAAUUACUCGCACUCCGAAACAAAAGAAUUUGCGUUAUCCCGCUAAAUUGUUCCCGCUCCCGUCUGGCACUACUCGCGCGAGCAAGCACGACGCUCCUGUUGCAGCGAGGCGUAAAAUAGUACUAAGUUGUGCACCUUGGUGGUGUCAUACGGAUACAGAUUUGUCUUCAGAAAGACCACAGGACACUCUACCAUGGCGUGACCAUUGGAUGCAAGCAGUCUACUAUCUCCCACAAGAACUGACAGUGCAAAAAGACACUGAAGUCACUCUAAUCUCAUGUCAAGAUGAAUACUCCCUCUGGUUCUACUUAGAAGACGGAAAGACCAAACAUAAACAUUACAAAAGACCAGUCUGUGAAUGCGGAGUUCAUAUGACAUUAUCAAGAACUCAUGUAUCAUAUUUAAACGAUGGUAAAAGAAGCAAAAAAUUUCUAGCACGGCUUAAAGAAGAAUUGGUCAGAGAUGCUGUAGUUCUGGAUCUGAAUGGAAGCUCUUUGUUGGGUCUGGCAGCGGCUAAACUUGGUGCAAAACAUGUUUUUAUUUUGGAAGAUAAGAGUUUGAAUAUAGGAAUCUUAUAUGACUAUAUGAAAGAGAAUUUUCUAGAAAAUGUAACGAUUGUAUCGGACGUUAGUGAUGAUAUUUUGAAAGAGGUUACAAAUGUAACUUGUGAUCCAAAUUUUAGUAAUGCAAUACUUCCUUGGGAGAAUCUCAAAGUAGCAUAUCUGUUACAUAAGUACAGAAGUAAAUUACGAGAUAUAGUUUCUAUAAUACCUGAGGGAUGUGAAUUCUGGGCGAUGCCGGUUGAGUUUCUCGAUUUACAUAAGAUUCGAGUACCUUUAGAAGUGUGCGAAGGAAUCGAUAUGACUAUCUUUGAUCAACUAGUUGAGAGUUCCAGGAUACUAAGCGAUGUGGAGAUAGAAGCGCAGCCGUUAUGGGAGUACCCAUGUACCUGCCGGGGACUGCCGCGCAAGCUGCUCGCCCUCGACUUCCAAGAUCUCAAGCCGAAGUUGGCCACAGAUGGCGUUAAUAGUUUCACGGACGUAGAGACAGAUGAACGUCAGCCAAUGAAUGGGUUCGCGGUGUGGAUGAGCUGGUCAGUGGGCGGCAAGCCAGUCAGCUGCGGACCCACGGAAUGGCCGUCAGUUGGUGCCCGGGUUGACUGGGACUCCCACACACGGCAGGCUGUUAAGAUACUGAAAUAUCCACGCGAAGUGAGCGGCGAUGACAAGUGGAACUAUCAAAUAGUCACAGACUUGGACAAGGGAUUAUUCAAUAUAACUAUAGAUUUGGAAAAUUAAUUCGUCAUUCGUCAAAAUUUUUAUAAAAGAUAAAUUGCUUUUACAUUAUUGUAUUUUACGAAAGAAAAAAAUAUUUACAAUUA